CCCCGCGGCCGCCAUGCCGUGUAAGAGCGCCGAGUGGCUGCAGGCGGAGCUGGAGGCGCGCGGCGGCGCCUCGCUGCUGCUGCUCGACUGCCGCCCGCACGAGCUGUUCGAGUCGUCGCACAUCGAGACGGCCAUCAACCUGGCCAUCCCGGGCCUCAUGCUGCGCCGCCUGCGCAAGGGCAACCUGCCCAUCCGCUCCAUCAUCCCCAACCACGCCGACAAGGAGCGCUUCGCCACCCGCUGCAAGGCCGCCACCGUGCUGCUCUACGACGAGGCCACGGCCGACUGGCCGCAGCCCGAGCCCGGCGCGCCCGCCUCGGUCCUCGGCCUCCUCCUGCAGAAGCUGCGGGACGACGGCUGCCAGGCCUACUACCUCCAAGGUGGUUUUAACAAGUUCCAGAACGAGUACUCGGAGCACUGCGAGACCAACGUGGACAGUUCAUCGUCGCCCAGCGGCUCACCGCCCACCUCGGUGCUGGGGCUGGGGGGCCUCCGGAUCAGCUCAGACUGCUCGGACGGCGAGUCAGACCGAGAGCUGCCCAGCAGUGCCACCGAGUCGGACGGCAGCCCCGUGCCCUCCAGCCAGCCGGCCUUCCCGGUCCAGAUCCUGCCCUACCUCUACCUUGGCUGCGCUAAGGACUCCACCAACCUGGACGUGCUAGGCAAAUACGGCAUCAAGUACAUCCUCAACGUCACCCCCAAUCUCCCCAACGCCUUCGAACAUGGCGGCGAGUUCACCUACAAGCAGAUUCCCAUCUCUGACCAUUGGAGCCAGAAUCUCUCCCAAUUCUUCCCCGAGGCCAUCAGCUUCAUUGACGAAGCCCGCUCCAAGAAGUGCGGGGUCCUGGUGCACUGCCUGGCGGGCAUCAGCCGCUCGGUGACUGUCACCGUGGCCUACCUGAUGCAGAAGAUGAACCUUUCCCUCAACGACGCGUACGAUUUCGUCAAGAGGAAAAAAUCCAACAUCUCGCCCAACUUCAACUUCAUGGGACAGCUGCUGGACUUCGAGCGGACACUGGGGCUCAGCAGUCCAUGCGAUAACCACGCGCCCAGCGAGCAACUCUACUUCUCCACACCCACCAACCACAACCUGUUCCCCCUCAACACGUGAGGACUGCACCCCGGCCUGCUUUUUUUUUGGGGGGGGGAGGGAGGGGAAAGCACCCCACACACAUCGAUCGGCCUGUGCUCCGAGAGACCAGGCCCAAGCAGAGGCUGAGAUCACUGGUCAGCAAGCGUGACCAUCGGCCGGACGUGCUAAAGACCCCGUGGCCCUCAGAUGACACGUGGUUUUGAGGGAGCCAGAGAAAGGGACCCCCCAUUUCUUACCCAGGACACCUGCAUUCUGCUGAUAGGCCAGUGAAAUCUGGCUGUUUUUGUUUUUUAAAAAAGACAUAUCCACAGAUGGGAGUUUUACUUUUGGCAGGUAAAAAAAAUCUCAAGCUCUGGGGAGCCCAAGGAGUGUUUAAACUCUUCUAGAUUUUUCUUUUUCCCUUUUUUUUCUCUCUCUCUUUUUUUUUUGUUGUAAACAAAAAGUAUUAUUUUCCAGGCACCAUGCUACAUCGGAUUAUAUUACCCCAGUAUUUCACCCCUUUCUUGAUGUAGGAGAGAGAGAAAGAAUAUUCUUCUGUUUCU